GACCCACGUAUAUCUACCAUCCAUGGCUGCCAGCCAUGGGAGGAUGCUCGCCACCGCACCGCCCGUGCCACAGGAACCAAAAGCUACAGACCUCUCGUCAAUCCAUGCUGAGCAGCAGUGGCGCUGUGGAAGAGGCGGAGCGGAGGGGAGGGGAGGGGAGCCGAGCUUGGCGUGGACUGUAGUGACUGCUGAGCUUGCUUGUGUAGAAGAGGUGGGAAAGAGGGAAGAGUCAGAGAGGGAGACAGAGGUGGCUUGGUUCAUCUGUAACAGUCGCCAUCUCUGCCUGCUUUCCAGCUCCUUUGCUUGCUUUCCCUGCCCAUCUCUUUUGUUCUGGCCUGCCCUCUCCAUCCCGUCCAACUCCCUAUCCUUCCUCCUUUUGCUUUCCCACAUCUUUGCUCCAAUAAUGAUGGCGUGGUGGUGGGUUUGGUCGUGAACCUGCCGCUGUGGCUGUGCUGCAUCCCCCACCCUCGCCGCUCCCUCGUCCAAAUCCACCAGCCGUUCGCUUUCCUCUCCUCUCCUCUCCAUCAUCCCGGCCGGCUCGCCAGUCGCCACCCUCCCUUUCCUCUUUUCAGCUACAGUUGAGCUUGGGCAGUAGUAGGUUGGUUCUGCUUCCCUUCCCCUCCCCCGAUCCCUUUUCCUUGCUGGGGAUCGGGAGGCCUUCAGGCUUCAACCCAUCUUCCUCCCUGUCCACAUCUCGCUCCUUGUUUGGGGUAGUGCCGGCUGGUGGUGCCGCUACUGCUAGCCGGGAACCCAAUUUCUUGAUAGGACUGGACGACUGGUGCGUGCCAACCACGAGUUUUUCCUGUUCGCUUUGCUUUCUCGGCUCAGCUACUGCUGCUCUGCUAGGAACACCAACAGUAGUGUGUUCUUGCGCCGGCUUUUCUUGCCGUGUUUCGGGUCGAUAUUAUUGGGAGGGUGGGUCUCCCGUCCCGUUUCGAUGAGGCCGGAGGAGAGAGAUGCUGCCGUGGGGAGAGUCAGGGACCAGUUCCCCGUCGGCAUGAGGGUCCUCGCCGUGGACGACGACCCCGUGUGCCUCAAGGUGCUUGAGAACCUCCUGCGCCGCUGCCAGUAUCAUGUGACAACGACGAAUCAGGCUGUUGUCGCCUUGAGUAUGCUGAGGCAAAACAGGGACCUGUUUGAUCUUGUUAUUAGUGAUGUUCACAUGCCAGACAUGGAUGGCUUUAAGCUUCUAGAGCUUGUGGGGCUUGAAAUGGACCUCCCUGUCAUUAUGUUAUCGGUGAAUGGAGAGACAAAAACUGUAAUGAAGGGGAUAACUCAUGGUGCCUGUGACUAUCUCUUAAAACCGGUUCGGCUGGAAGAGCUUAGGAAUAUCUGGCAGCAUGUUGUUAGGAGGAAAUUCAGUAACUGUGAUCGUGCUAACAAUGAUGGCUAUGAGGAGUGCAAUAGGCCAUCAAAUGCAGAUUUUGAUCUUGCUCACAGCCAAAUUACAGCUGGGCCACCUGACCAAAGUGGGAGGCCCAGCAAAAAGAGGAAGGAAUAUCAUAGUGAAGAGGAAGAUGAAGGAGAAGAGAGUAAUGGCCAAGAUAACGAUGAUCCUUCAGCUCCAAAGAAACCAAGGGUUGUUUGGUCAGUUGAACUGCACCGAAAAUUUGUUGCUGCUGUCAAUCAGCUAGGAAUUGACACCGUGCCAAAAAGGAUACUUGAGCUCAUGAAUGUUGAGAGACUCACCAGGGAAAAUGUUGCAAGUCACCUGCAGAAGUAUAGACUCUACCUUAAACGGCUAAGUGCUGUGGCAUCACAACAGGCUAGCAUUGUUGCUGCUUUGGGAGGCAACGACCCCUUUAUGCGGAUGAGUGCAUUUGAAGGACUCCAUGGUUAUCAAUCUUUUGUCUCUUCAGCAGCUCUGCCAUCUUUCAGUCCACAGGGACUGUUAAAUAGAAAUAAUCCAGCAUCAUUUGCGAUUCAAGGGGUGUCUGCUUCCAGGCCAAUUCAGAUUGCAACCGGCAAUACCACAAUGAGUCAUUCCAUUGGCGAUCCAAAUGAUAAAUAUCACCUUAGCUUACCAGGCACUAGUUGCCUACAAGGAAAUCUAGCACAAGGUUUGCCAACUCCAGUUGGGCAGGUCCAGCUGCCACAGAAGUGGAUACACGAAGAAACCGACGAUCUAUCUACUAUCCUUUCUGCGAGUGGCCGGGCUAAUAGUGGUGUUCCUGGCACACUCCAAAGUGUCACGAACAGUCACUUGCUGCAGCAAGGCUUUGUUGAACGUAGACAAGACAAAGUUGUUAUCCAGCCAUCUUCAUCUGCAAGUUCAGAUCGUCCUGAAGGCACUGUUGGAGUUUCCUCCAGUCUGAUGGAUUCCUGUGCAACCCAGCAGAGGGUUGUUCCAUUGUCUGCCUUCUCUAGCAGUGCAUCUCCAAUGAAUGGCUCGUUUUGCAGCAACGGUGUAGCUGAGUUGGGUGCUACAUCCUCUGGAGGUACAAGUAUUUUCCCCUCCAAUGACCUGAGGAUAGAAAGAGACAGCAAAGUGGGAGCUAGCUCUUUUGGUAGUGUGAUACUUCUGUCUCCAGACACUGUGCCAAACCAAAAAUACUUGAACUUCGGCGGUGGAAGCGAUUUGAGAUCGAACAUGGAGGGAGGGAACGCAGGCAAUCUGUUGAAUCCCAAGCUACUAUGGAGUUGUUUGCCGGCCUCUCAGCCGCCUAAUCUUAUCGGAAGUCAUCAUCCCAUGAGCCAAAGACUGAACCUUGGCGGCUCAAUGGUCAGACAGACAACAGCAAGUGCUUCGGCAGCUGCCCCACAGACGAGGAUCGACAUGUUUAUCUCUGGAGACGCUCCGAAGAGCGCGUCGGAUUUGAGCUUCCCUAAGGUCCACAGCGAGCUUAGCUCUAGCAGCUGCAGCUUCGACGGCCUCCUCAACUCCAUAAUCAAAGUGGAGAAGGACGAUGCUUCCUUCAGCGAUGACCUGGGAUGCGACUUGUACUCCCUGGGUGCCUGUAUAUGAUCGCUACCUUCCACGUAUCUGCAUCUGCAUCUGUGUUAAUCUCCCAUUGUAUGCUGUGCAGCUAGUGUUAAUCUUAGGUAGAAUUGUAGCUGUGCGCCUAUCUUUGCUUGCCCACAGCCAAGAAAAAAAAAUUAUGUCUGCACGUGAUGUGCUAGCAGUAAGAUAUCUGGAUUGUGGAAGUCAAUGCCCAUUUGCUAAAUCGAGCUGGAGACACUGUUGGCACGAGUUGAUUCUAAAAGCGGCCUUGAUGAUCUAGGCCCAAUUUGAAUGUCGACACACUGGUAAUGACACGUGGUGUUCAUGUAAACAAAUCCAAAAGUUCAAAACAAAUUGGGAGAUUUGAAGUC